CAUUGCUCGAGAAUUUUAUUGGUUUAAAAGAGGUGUACAUUGUAAUUUAAGCCCUCGUGAACUAGUCAUAUGACAAUAUAUACAUGUAUUUCUGAUAUUUUAGUGAAAAUUUGAUAAAGUAAACAAUGGAUAAUAUUUUAUAUUACGAAGAUACGAAAUAGAAGGACAAUUACAGUAUGAUAUCACAAGGGGGGAAAUGAGAGGAUACUAAAUUUUUUCUCAAUAUUUAAACCAGUCUGAGAUUAAGUAGUGGACACACUGAAGGUGACCAGCGGACACUUGACAGUUAGUAUCAUGAUCUGGAUAUACUGUUUUAUUUGUGCGAUUGGAUUUAGCUCUGUCGGCGCGGAUUACGGAAAGUAUGCAGACUUUAUUCGCCGGCAAGCUGAAAAUGAGACUUUUGUCCGGCUGUUCGAGAAACAUAUGAGUCAGUUUCAGGACAAUGAUAAGAAUCUCCGAAAAAGUUCAACAUUUGGGUGUCGAGCGUUCCCACAGCCCGCGCAGAAAACAAGCUCAGUUCACAAAUUGAGACCGAUGGACGUAAAAGUGAUAGGGGCGCUGGGAGAUUCGAUCACGGCUGGCACGGGAAUCACGGCUAAAACUGUUCUGGGACUUCUCCAGGAAAACAGGGGAUUAUCUUGGAGUGUUGGUGGUGAUAAAUCCAUAAACGAACAACAAACUAUUCCAAAUAUUCUGAAAGUGUACAACCCAAACAUUAAAGGUUUUUCCACUGGUUCUGGGCCCGUGUGGUGGGAACCUAGCUCACACCUAAACAUUGCUAACCCAGGGGACAAGUCUGAAAACAUGCCCGAUCAAGCGAAAACACUUGUUGACCGUAUGAAAGCGGACAAGAACAUCAACUUUGAGGAAGACUGGAAAGUUAUUACAUUGUUUGUAGGCGGAAAUGACCUUUGUGACUACUGUGGGAAGGAAAAGGAAAAGUACCGAGCAGAAAAUUAUGUUGCACAUAUACAAGAGGCACUGGACUAUCUGCACCAGAACGUGCCCCGUGCAUUUGUUAAUCUUGUUGAAAUACUCGAUAUCUUCAUAGUAAAGACACUGAAUGAGAACAUUGUCUGCGACACUCUCCAUUUCUUUUUGUGUGCGUGUGCAGCAUUCCCGGCUAACAGUGAUGCGGAAGCUGAACUUCGAGCCGAGACAGAGAGAUACCGCAGCCUUGUUAAUGAAUUGGUGCUUACAGGACGGUAUGACACGAGGGACGAUUUUACUGUAGUUGUUCAACCUUUCUUUAGUGAAACUCAUCCCCCUAUCCAGAAUGGCAGUCCAGACCUCAGUUAUUUUGCACCAGAUUGUUUUCAUCUCAGUUUGAAAGGACACAGGGCUGCAGCAGAUGCUCUCUGGAAUAACAUGAUUGAACCAAUCGGAAAAAAGCGAACAAAGUGGACACCAGGAGAGAUAGUAGAGUGUCCAUCAGCUGAAGCACCAUAUUUCUACACUUAUAAGAACAGCGACUCUUCAAAUGUGAUAGGAAAUGCAUUGGGACAACUUGAAAGCCAACAGGAAUUCGAUUCGAACACUGAUCCUGACAAUCACAAGUCCAGCCAAUCAGGAUCAAGCUCCGUUGCCAUGACAACUGUUGCCACAGUAGUAGGUGUUCUGAUUGUAGCAGUGGUGUCAGUGUUUGCACUGGUUGCAUGGAAACGUCGCCAUAGCAACAAAGAGGAACGUCAAAUACUUCUCCAGCAGAGAGAUAGCCAGUAUUAUGCUCCUAUCUAACUGAACAAAAAGUUUGAUGAUAAAAUCUGUGAUAAAACAUUUCUAUGAAAAAAUUGGAUAUUAACUUUUGAAAGCAUUUUACAGUUAUAUUCAUGUCAGUGCAAUAAAAUGAAUAAAUUACUUCAAGUAAACAA